AUGUUUCGGCUUUUUGAGAAUUCUGGGACAUUUGGUUUAGUGACAAAGAAUGUGUGGUUGUACGGAAAACGCCGUGUUGCAGAGAUGAGUAUAUCAACAAGACCUAAUUAUUCAUAUAUUUUUCAUUCUAUUCGUUUGUUACUUUCACGUUCAACGUUAUUUAAAACGUUAGCAAAUCGUUCUUCAAUCCGACGUCGAUUAUUACUUACUGGAAUGCUAUAUACAAGUAUUCCUCUAACGUUUACAGCAUUUAAAUAUAUAAUUACGAAUAAUACACCAGUAUUACCGGACUGGAGCAAACGUUUAUUCAUUUUACAUGCAAAAGCAGCUGAUUUAACAACAUCGGAGAGACAGUUAUUUGAAGCAGCUCAUCAUGGUAAAUUAGAUACAUUGAAACGUUUGAUUGAACAAGAAAAUGUUAACGUGAAUAGUCGACAUCCAUUAGGAUGGCGUGUGUUGCAUGUAGCAGUGAUCAACAAUAAUAUAGAAUGUGUUAGAUAUCUUCUACAGAAAGGGGCUGAUCCAAAUGUUUGCGAUGAAUACACAAAUGUAUCACAGAUGGCUAAACAGUUACAAUGGCAUCCUGUUCACGUUCAUAGUGCAAGAGAAGGAGAAUUUUGCGAUCGUUUAUCGAGUCGUGCAACAUUCAAAGGUUUUACACCUUUACAUUAUGCUGUUUUAAUAGAUAACAUUGAAAUCAUUCAAUUAUUGAUUGAGUAUAAUGGUGAUCCAUUAUUAGAAAAUGAACAAGGUCAUUUGCCGUCAGCAUAUGCAUUAACAAAUAGAAAAGAUUUAUUAAUACAGUAUGAAAACAAUGCGAAAAAAAUGCAUGAGCAGCGCAUCAGAGAUGAACGUCGACGACGACCGCUCGAAGUUAGAAUUAAAGAAAAUAUCGUUGGACAAAACUAUGCUAUAUCAUCAGUUUGUGCUGCUAUUCGGCGAAAAGAAAGCGGCUGGACUAGUGAUGAAUCUCCGCUGGUGUUUCUAUUCUUGGGAUCUUCUGGGGUUGGUAAGACUGAGUUGGCUAAACAAGUUGCCCGAUACCUAAAUGGCGAUAAAAAACAAAAUCGUUGUUUUAUUCGUAUUGAUAUGUCCGAAUAUCAAGAAAAACAUGAAGUUUCUAAAUUAAUUGGUGCUCCUCCUGGUUAUAUUGGCUAUACAGAAGGGGGACAACUCACAGACGCACUACAAAAGUGUCCGUCAGCCAUUGUUUUGUUUGACGAAGUCGAUAAAGCUCAUCCAGAUGUUCUUACAGUAAUGUUACAAUUAUUCGAUGAAGGUCGAUUGACAGAUGGCAAAGGAAAAACCAUUGAUGGCAAAAAUGCAAUUUAUGUAAUGACCAGUAAUUUGGCUAGUGAAGAGAUUGCAAAAUAUGCACAAGAGUUGAGAAACGAAGAGGACAUAAGAAUAAAAUCAUCUAAUUUAACAAAUGAGAAUGGUGAGCCAGAUAAUCAAAAAAUAACAGUGUCUCGACAAUUUAAAGAUAAAGUGGUUAAACCGAUUCUAAAACGUCAUUUUCGUCGUGACGAAUUUCUUGGUAGAAUUAAUGAAAUGGUUUAUUUUCUUCCAUUCUCAAGAGCAGAAAUUGUGAAAUUAUUAACAAAAGAGUUAGAAUUUUGGCAAAAAAGAGCAAAAGACAAUCAUGGCAUUCAAUUAAGUUGGGAUCGAAAAGCUUUAGACUGUUUAGCUGAUGGUUAUGAUAUCAAUUAUGGCGCUCGAUCAUUAAAGCACGAAGUUGAACGUUCUGUCGUAAAUCAAUUGGCCGCUGCACAUGAACAGGGAUUGAUUGAAUCUGGAUAUCAAAUAUUAUUAACAGCACAGGAAAAUGUAUUUCAAUCAAAUGAUUCAGCGUCGGGUUCAUCUGUUAAGUUACAACGAAUCGAAUCGAAAGGAAACGGUUUCUUUGGAAAAAAUCCUCAGAGUGUGACUUAUACAGAUAUUAGACCAGAAGAUCAUUUGAAAACAUAUGCAUACUAA